AUGCCGAGGUCGAGGAAGCUCGUCCCCCCCUCUCUCUCACUCUCCUCCUUCCUCUCCUUCCUCUUCCUCUUCUUCCUCUUCUUCCUCUGCUGCUGCUCUUCUGCGAGCACUGUUACGAGAGCUCUCCUCGCCUGGAUCCAUGGCGGCAGCGGCGGUGACUACGGCGGGUAUUUCGCAGACUGGAAGAGCUCCGAUGGGACGCCCUGCAACUGGAGCCAUGUGGCCUGCUCGGGGGACGCCGGCGGCGGCGGCGCCGUGGUGGUGGGGCUGGAGAUACAGGGGGUGGAGCUGGCGCGGCCGCUGCCGGCGAGCCUCCUGGCGGAGCUCCCUUCGCUGACCUCCCUCGUCGUCUCCGGUGCCAACCUCACCGGCGCCAUCCCUCCGGCCAUCGGAGACAUCCUCCCCUUACUCGCCGUGCUCGACCUCUCCGACAACAGCUUGCAGGGCCCCGUCCCCUCCUCCCUCGGCCGGCUCCGCUCCCUCUCCGUCCUCCGCCUCAACUCCAACCAGCUCUCCGGCGAGGUCCCCGCCGCCCUCGCCGGCUGCGCCGCCCUCCGGGAGCUCCACCUCUUCGACAACCGCCUCUCCGGCGAGGUUCCGCCGGAGCUCGGCCGGCUCUCCGACCUCGAGGUCCUUCGGCUCGGCGGCAACAAGGACCUCUCUGGCGUCAUCCCCGGCGAGCUCUGCAACUGCGACAACCUCACCGUGCUCGGCCUCGCCGACACCAAGAUCGCCGGAGUGAUCCCGCCGGAGCUGGGGAAGCUCGCCCGUCUCCAGACUCUCUCCAUCUACACCACCAUGGUCUCCGGCGAGAUCCCGCCGGCGCUGGGCAACUGCUCGGAGCUCGUCAAUAUCUUCCUCUACGAGAACGCCCUCACCGGCGGUCUCCCGCCGGAGCUCGGCAAACUGGCGAAGCUCGAGAAAUUGCUGCUGUGGCAGAACAACCUGGUGGGCGCCAUCCCGGAGGAGAUGGGCAACUGCACCGCCCUCCGCAUGGUCGACCUCUCCAUCAACGCCAUCUCCGGCGAGAUCCCAGCGUCCUUCCGGCGGCUCCGCCGGCUGCAGGAGCUCAUGCUGAGCGACAACCAAAUCUCCGGCUCCAUCCCUUCCUUCAUUGGCGACCUCCCGGAGCUCACCCAGUUGCAGCUCGACACCAACCAGAUAUCCGGGCUCAUCCCGCCGGAGAUGGGCCGGUUGCAGAACCUCACCGUGUUCCUCGCAUGGCAGAACCAGCUGGAGGGGAAGAUCCCACCGGAGCUGGCCGCCUGCGAGCAGCUCCAGUCGCUAGACCUCUCCCACAACCGGCUCACGGGUAGCAUCCCACCGGAGCUGUUCCUGCUCAAGAACCUCACCAAGCUGCUCCUCCUCUGCAACGACCUCUCCGGCGACAUCCCGCCGGAGAUCGGCCGGUGCCGGUCUCUGGUUCGUCUCCGGCUGAAUGGAAAUCGCAUCGGCGGCGUCAUUCCGAGGGAGAUCGGCGGCCUGCAGGGGCUCGAUUUCUUGGACCUGUCGGACAACCGGCUCGCCGGCGCCGUGCCGGAGGAGAUCGGUCGGUGCUCGCAGCUCCAGAUGGUGAGCCUCAGGAACAACUCUCUGAGCGGGAACCUGCCGGCGUCCUUCUCAGCCAUCGCCGGUCUUCAGGUGCUCGACGCGUCGAUGAACCAGUUCUCCGGCGGCAUUCCGGCGAGCUUCGGCCGGCUGGGAUCCCUCAGCAAGCUUGUCCUCAGCGGCAAUGCCCUCUCGGGUCCCAUACCCGGGGAGCUCGGCCGGUGCUCGAGCUUGGAGCUGCUCGACCUGAGCGGGAACCAGCUCGCCGGCAGCGUCCCGCCGGAGCUCUGCAAGAUCGAUGGCCUCGACAUCGCGCUCAAUCUGAGCAGGAACUCCCUCUCGGGGUCGAUCCCCCCCGCCAUAGCCGACCUCGGGAAGCUCUCCGUGCUGGACCUCUCCUUCAACAGGCUCGAGGGGAGCCUCUGGCCGCUCGCCGGGAUGGAGAACCUCGUCACUCUGAACGUCUCCAGCAACAACUUCACCGGCUUCCUUCCGGACACGAAGCUCUUCCGGCAGCUCUCGGCGGCGGACCUCGCCGGAAACCAGGGCCUCUGCACCGGCGGUGGCGACGCCUGCUUCGUCGGAGUGGGCCGCCGGCCGGGGGGGAGCGUGGAGGAGUGGAGGAGGGGGAGGGGGAGCAACCUGAGUAUGGCCGUCGUGGUGCUGGUCACCGUGGCGGCGGCUCUGGCCCUGGCUGCGGCGGCGGUGGUGAGGGCGAGACAGGCGAGUAGGAGGAAGGGAGGAGCAGAGGAGGAGGACGGCGACCCGGACAUGGGCGGGGAGAUGUCGUGGCCGUGGGAGUUCACCCCGUUCCAGAAGCUCAGCUUCUCCGUCGAGGAGGUGGUGAAGAGCCUCGUGGAGGCCAACGUCAUUGGGAAGGGCUGCUCCGGCGUGGUCUACCGGGUGGGCAUCGCCAACGGCGAGGUGAUCGCCGUCAAGAAGCUCUGGCCCGCCGCCGCCGCUGCCGGCAAGGAGGCAGCGGGCGGCGGCGGCGGCGUGAGGGACUCCUUCUCGGCGGAGGUGCGGACGCUGGGGACCAUCCGGCACAAGAACAUCGUCCGCUUCCUGGGGUGCUGCUGGAACAAGAGGACCAGGUUGCUGAUGUACGACUACAUGGCCAACGGCAGCUUGGGGGCGCUGCUGCACGAGAGGGCGGCGGCGCCGCCGCCGCUGGACUGGGAGCUGCGGUACGGGAUAAUCCUGGACGCCGCGCAGGGGCUCGCGUACCUGCACCACGACUGCGUGCCGCCCAUCUUCCACCGCGACAUCAAGGCCAACAACAUCCUCAUCGGCCUCCACUUCGAGGCCUACAUCGCCGACUUCGGCCUCGCCAAGCUCGUUCACGACGGCGACUUCGCGCGCUCCUCCAACACCGUCGCCGGUUCCUACGGCUACAUCGCCCCCGGUCUGUAUCUCUUUCUCUCUCUACUGGUAAUUCCUUCCGAUCUCUACUGGUUUGCUGACGGGGAAGGGGGAUUGUGCAGAGUACGGGUACAUGACAAAGAUCACGGAGAAGAGCGACGUGUACAGCUACGGGGUAGUGGUGCUGGAGGUGCUGACGGGGAAGCAGCCGAUCGACCCCACCAUACCGGAGGGGCUCCACGUGGUGGACUGGGUGCGGCGGCGGGGCGGUGGCGCAGAGGUGCUGGACCCGGGCCUGCGGGGGCGGCCGGAGGCGGAGUUGGAAGAGAUGUUGCAGGUGAUGGGGGUGGCGCUGCUCUGCGUCAACCACUCCCCCGACGAGCGCCCAACGAUGAAGGACGUCGCCGCCAUGCUGAAGGAGAUCCGCCAGGGGAGGGAGGAGUACGCCAAGGCCAACGGCGGCGCCGCAUCCGCCUCCGCCUCCAAGGCCAAAUCUCAAUUCGACUGA